AAUUAGGGUGAAAUUCAGCGUAUUUAUAGCUGAAUAUUACGGCUAAAUUUUGCGGUCGUUAGGGGUCUUGUUACUGAGAACUGACUGCUAAUGAAGUGCAGUUAUCUUGCACAAGCGGUUCUGCCGUCUCAUGCAUCUACCAAAUGGAGCGGACUGGUUGCAGCCCUCGCACUUUCCCAGGUUUCAGAGACAGCAUUGGCAAACGCCCUGCCCGGAACGGUCAUUCCUGGCUCAGCGCGUGCUGCUCAUGGAGCACGGUUGCGCUAUCUUUCUCUAAGCCAGCAACACCGUUUCAGCUCGCUAGCAUUUGAGGAGGUGACGGCAGGCGCUCCGACAACAGAACACCCGGUGGCAUCCCCCAGCCGCACGCUCUUCAUCCUUCACGGGCUGCUGGGCUGCGGUCGCAACUGGCGCACCUGGGCCCGGCGCCUGGUGGAGGGCGCGGCGGCGACUCACCCGCCUGCCGGGGGGCCCUGGAGGGCAGUGCUGGUGGACCUGAGGUGCCAUGGGGCCAGCACGGGCAGGCCCGGACUCCACCCGCCACACAACAUGCACUCCGCGGCGGAGGACGUGUCGCGGCUCAUCCAGGAGCAGCUCGGCUCCCACGCCCCGGGAGCCGUGUUGGGCCACUCCCUGGGCGGUAAGGUGGCCCUGGCGCUGCUGGAGCAGUGCAGCACACGCGCAACCGCCGCAGCCCCAGCCCCAGCCGCCGCCGCCGCGCCGCAUCAUCAUCAGCUACCGGUAGCCUCCGGAGCGGCAGGGACGACACCGCCCCCAUCACUGCCAGGAUCAGCACCUCCACCUCCUACACCCAUGUCAUGCGUUGAGGGGUCGUCCGCAGGAGCAGCAGAGUCAGCAGCAGCAGCAGCAAGGCCGCAGGUUCAGGCCGCCGCCGGCUGCUCGCAUGCCGCCGCCGGUGCCGCCGCCGGUGCCGGUGCUGCUGCCUGGUGUGCUCCGCCCCGGCAGUUGUGGGUGCUGGACUCGCAGCCGGGGCUGGUGGCGGCGGAAGCGGAUGUGGGGACGGGCGUGUCUCGGGUGCUGAGGAUUGUGCAUUCCGUCCCGCUGCCGGUGCCCAGCCGCGCCUGGCUGCUGUCCCACCUGCGCCAGCGGGGCCUGCAGGAGCACCUGGUCAGCUGGCUGGCCAGCAACCUGACACCCAUGAAGGGGGGGCAGCAGCAGCAGCCGCAGCAGCAACAAGGGGCGCAUGGGGGAGGGCAUGCCGGGGCGCCGCUGACGUGGUCGUUCAAUGCGCAGGGAGCGGGCGCUAUGUACAUGGCGUACAGGACCACCGACUUCUGGCACCUGUUGGAGCGCCCGCCGUACGGCACUGCCGUACACCUGGUGCAGGGGGGCCGCUCCGACCGCUGGCCUUCCGAGAUGCAGCGGAGGCUGCUGGAUGCUGCAGCCGCAGCCGCCUCACCCGCCCCUGGAGCCCCUGCUGCGACGUCGUGUGCACAGCCCGGGGGGCGGGACCAGGGGCAAGUAGCGGGUCAGGUGCAAGGGGGGGCCCGGGGUAGCUUCCAGCACCAUGUGCUGCCUGACGCGGGCCACUGGCUGCAUGUGGAUAACCCGGAGGGGCUGCUGAGACUGGUGGUGCCGCGACUGGGGGAGCUGUAGGUCCCAUGCGGGAUUGAGAGCAGGCGGUUGCGGGAUGUGGUUGGAGGGACUCGGUUAGGAGCUGGGGCUUGGGCUUGGGCUCGGGCGGGACCGGACCGAAGCCACCUCGUGGGUCAUGGCCUGCCGCUGUGAUUUGCGCCCUUGCAUUGAGAUCCAUGCGAAGAGGGCGGCAUGGGUGUGCCUGUGGUUGCGUGCGGCAAAGUAGGCGUGCGUGUGUUGGCUCCAGCGCCCAUGAUGAGGGCUCAAUGCGAGCAUUCGUUAACAGUGCAAAGCAUACCGGUAGUAUAAAAAGCCGUCUUAUCUUGUUUAGAACCAGCAGGGUCGCUUUUUACAUGGCGAAGGACUGUUCACUUCACCAUCAGCGUCUGCCGAAGAAGUGGCCCAACCUAUUCUUACUUCACACGAGGGCCUACAACAUGUGUGCUAACGGCCCCUCGAACAGGCACUCCCCCACACACACCCAUGCCGCGCUUGGAACCUCGACACGGCUCCUCCUUUCAUCCCCACCCGCGCUUAUUUGACUGCAUGACCACCCCAUGAUCCCCAAACGCAACGCCAAGAAAGCUUUUCAGCUGCGACUGCUGACCCCUUUUCACGGCGUCAAUCAGGAAAGACCUCUUCACGGCUUGCACCGGGCAGGCAGGCACACGAAGGACACACUGCCAACCCACAUCACA